CAUAAACGAAUGCAUAAAUAAACUUCUGUUGAGCUAUUUUAUGAUAUCUUGUAAAGAGUAUUGUUCGUAUAUGGUCAGAAUUCAGGAUUUAAUUCAAUGGCAGUUGCUGUAAUGAGGUCUCGCACAUUUUGAUGAACACACUCCUGCAAUCAAUCACUUCUGAGAUCAGCAUUCUGGUCUACGAAAUGGAAGUCUCACCAUCCACCAGCUUUGCUGUCAUGGCGAUGUCGAUGAUCACGUGCUUCAUACUCAACGCCCUUAUCGACAAGCUGCCCGUACCAUCGAAGUACGCCGAAAGAUCUCGCCGACAUAAAUGGAGAAACGUGUUGGUUUCGACGGUCCAUGCGGUAUCUGGCACCAUUGGAGGUUUCGCUAGCAUAUACCUCACCCCGGAGCUGCUGAGUGACCAUUUAAAUGCGCUCUCAUCUACUAUGUUAAUAUCUAUGGCUAUCAGUAACGGAUACUAUGUCUAUGAUUUCUGUGAUCUAGCAAGGAACACCAAACUGGCUGAGUUUCUUCCGCUGAUGAUACACCAUACCAUGGGUAUGGGUUUUGUAUGCUGGGUGCUCAUAGAGAGGAAGCUCAUUGGUAUAAUCGCCAUCUCUUCAUGUAUGGAACUCAACGGAAUAUUUCUUCAUCUCCGCCACAUCCUUCUCAUGUGUAGCUACAAGAAAAGCGACAUCGUCUUCCAGAUCAACAACGUUUUCAACGUCGUCACCUACUUCGUGCUCCGCCUGGGUAUUUUCACUUACGUCACGUGGUGGUUGUGCGGACAUUGGACGGAGGUUGGCCUGCUUCUCCCUCCCAUGGCUGCGAUAUUGCUUAUAUUGAACAUUCUUUUGUUUUAUCGACUGAUCAAGAGUGAUUAUUUUGGGAGAUCUCAAAAGUCGGAGGAAAGUGAUAUUAUGUCCGGGGACGAAUGACUCCGCGAUAUUCAACAUUGUCUCCCCCUAUUCUCUCUACCUCUCUUCUUCUCCUUCUCCAUCCUUCUUUCUUUUUUCUCUCCCACUUUCCCCUCUAUCCCGCACUUUUGCUUGUAUCUCUUCACUCUCUACCAACUGUCUACCAACUUUAUAUCUCUCUUCCAACACCUCUCUCCUUUCUUUAUUUAAAGAUGGCAUUAAAGUGCCAUUUAAAUGUUUCCGUCAAGAAU